CAGUUCUCUAGCAUGGUGGAGGCGUUCCAGCAGGCUGGUAGGAAUGAUGAGGAUGACGCUUUCGAGGAUUUGCCAUGGCAGUCCGACUCCGCAGUCACCUCGAUAUGCGACCUCUUCGAUUUCACAAAGAAGGGCUGGACUACGCUACUCGAGAAUGAUGCCAAGCGCUCGCUUGAUGAAGAACUGGAACUUCAUAACUUGCUGGACUUGGAUGCGGCAGGGGAAGAGGACGAGGAGGAUGUAUUUGAUGUUGACGAGACAGUUGAAGAUGUACUCGGGUUCUCUGGCAUGGAAGAGCGGUUGGUUCCCCGCAUGUAAUACGACUUAGACUUAUUUCGGAGUUUUUUUUGGUCAUUCAUUGCUAUUAUGCUUCAUUUCUCGGCACAUAUGGCUGUAUCCUAG